CAAUUUGGAUCCAAGAACAACCUUGAGUCCCUGAUUAUCUCGGUCCCAGAGCAGCAGUAGCCAUGACAUCUGAGCACUGUGGCCCCCAGAGCCCAGGGAGUGCCAUCAUGACCUUCCGCCCAACCAUGAGAGAAUUUUCUGAUUUCAGCAAGUACAUCGCCUACAUGGAGUCCCAAGGGGCACACCGAGCUGGACUGGCCAAGGUCAUCCCACCCAAGGAGUGGAGAGCCAGGCAGUCCUAUGAGGACGUCAGUGACAUCUUAAUAACCAGUCCCCUGCAGCAAGUGGUGUCUGGCCAGGCAGGUGUGUUCACUCAAUUCCAUAAGAAGAAGAAAGCCAUGACGGUGGGACAAUACCGUCACCUGGCCAACAGUAAGACAUACCAGACCCCGCCACACCUGAAUUUUGAAGAUUUGGAGAGAAAAUACUGGAAAAGUCGAUUCUUUGGGUCACCGAUUUAUGGUGCAGAUGUCAACGGCUCCCUGUUUGAUGAGAACACUCAGGAUUGGAACGUGGCACACCUGGGGAGCAUUUUGGACCUCUUGAAGCAGGAAUGUGGCAUUGUGAUUGAGGGUGUCAACACGCCCUACCUGUACUUUGGCAUGUGGAAGACCACCUUCGCGUGGCACACGGAGGACAUGGACCUGUACAGCAUCAACUACCUGCACUUUGGGCAGCCCAAGACGUGGUAUGCGGUGCCCCCCGAGCAUGGCCGACGCCUGGAGCACCUGGCCAGGCAGCUGUUCCCGGGCAGUUCCCAGGGCUGCCAGGCCUUCCUGAGGCACAAGGUGGCACUCAUCUCACCCACUGUGCUCAAGGAGAAUGGUAUCCCCUUUGGCCGCAUGACGCAGGAGGCUGGGGAGUUCAUGGUCACCUUUCCCUAUGGCUACCACGCUGGCUUCAACCAUGCAGAGGCCAUCAAUUUUGCGACCCCGAGGUGGAUCGACUAUGGCAAGGUGGCUUCUCAGUGUAGCUGUGGGGAGGCCAGGGUGAGCUUCUCCAUGGACGCCUUUGUUCGGAUCCUGCAGCCUGAGCGACAUGAGCUGUGGAAACACGAGGGACGUGGAACUGUGGACUACCCAGAGGUCCCCUCGCACCCCAGUCAGGAGACAUUUACUCGGACUCAGAGGCAUCCCUGCGCGGGACCCCUCAGGUGUGUGGUGAGCAGAGCCCUCAACAGCUGCCCUUACACUAAGGUGGGCUCCGAGUCCCAGCGCCGUUCAACAUCCAAGCUUUGGGCUCCUCAAUUCACUGUGCCGCAGAGAAGAUUCUCCAAGCAAGCUUCGGGGGCCUCCCCGAUCUUCAUGGAUACUGCUGAUGCCAGAGCCCUGGACCUUUCACGACAUUCGCAGGCCUAUGGAAUCUUGGAUAGGAGCCCCCAAAUCUCCCUGCCACUCAAGAAGAUGGACUUGAACUCAACAGACACAGGUUCACCUCCUGCCCCUUAGACCUUUUGGCCACCAGGGGACAUUCCUAGUCAUCUGAAUCAACGGCUGUCGGAUAUGCGGACAACUGAAACUGUACUUUGGGUCCUGGAUUCAAGUCACCUUUUAAUUUGCACAUGGUCUCUCCCUCAGAAUUGAUGCAAAGGACGGAUCUGCAGUGUGUCGUGCGACUGCGUGAAGAGAAUGGAUGCUCCAUUUGACUGUGGUGUCAAGGACGGGGCUUUUGUAGUUUAGACAGGUUCCGGACAAUGGGACUCCUGGAUGGAGUCUUCUUCAUGUGGUUGUGGAGGUAGGCCACACCUACCUGCUGUGAUGGGAAGCAGCCAGCAGACAUCCUCGCAGCUUCUAGGCUGGAAAACCACAAGUCCAUGGAACACCUUAGAACAUCCUGUCACACCAAUUCUGGGUCAGAGGAAAACUAUAUGAAAGGAAAUGGCACAGUUCUGAGGAUGCCCCAUCCUUCCUCCUGCUCUGACAAUCGAUCCUUCAUGAGACCAUCGACUUGAACCUCCCACUGGAAGGAUGCCACAGGGAGAGAAGGCAGGUCUUGGGGCACUCAGCAUGGUUCCGAACAUGCAUGCACCUGCGACCUACUCACAUGGUACAGUCUUCAGAGCACCAUGGCCGUCAUCUGCAUCGGCACAUCUGGAAGGACCUGCACAUGCCCAUGAGUGCCCUGACUGACUUUCUGGUCCAGAAGCAGGGAGGCGGGAGAGACAGGUGUAGGCUGAUCCCUCCUGUAUUUCCUCAGCAUUUCCUUGUUCUUCUGCCCUAAUUGUCUCCUGGUCUCAGGUGGUGCUACAGAGGCUACAGUGUGGA